GUAAAUGAUAAGCUCUUGACGUACACAGAAGAGAGGCGCACGCGCUAUAGAAGUGAAAGGCAAGAGAAAGAGAAAGAGAGAGAGAAAGAGAGAGCGAGCGUGGCAUAGGAGAUUAAUCAGAUAACAACAAUUUUGAUGGCCCGUAUUUAGGCGGCCUCACGCAGUGUAUUCUCGUUAACGAGUCGUGUUUAACUACAAGGUUAAACGAGCUUAAUUCUGAAGUUUAUUGGGCGCGAAGUGGUGGAUAUCUAUUUUCGAGGAUCCAAUAAGAAUGGCUGCCGUUUUAAGAAGAUUCAGAACCGUGCAGGUCACGGUAAUCGACAGGCCAAAAACAUCAUUGUUUAUUAACACCCGGUCUCUGGCAAGGUCAUUGGUACGGCAGGAUAGCAAGAGAUGGAUAAGCAAACUUUUGGUAAGAAAGAUCGAACCAACGAAGGAGUCUCAUUCGCGAAUGCUUUCAGACAAGGAUGUGAUUUAUGCUUUACAUACGCAUAAUAUCCGUCCUGAUUCCAUCGAUAAAUAUUUAACUAACUACGAACAAAAUGUUAAUCUAAUACAUUCGAAAAAAUCUGAUCUGAAAUGUGAAUUGGUUGGAUCAUGGACUGUUUCAGUAGGGGAUUUAGAUCAAGCUUUACAUCUCUGGCAAUAUACUGGUGGCUAUGAACGUAUUGAUUUUGCACAAAUUUUACUUUCUAAAGAUGAGAACUAUCAACUUUUACUCAAGGAACGUGGAAAUUAUUUAAGAUCUCGUCAUCUACAAUAUUUAUUGGCAUUUAGUUAUUGGCCGCCUCUUGAAAAACGUAAAGGUCCAAACAUAUAUGAAAUACGAAGUUAUAGCUUGAAACCUGGUACAAUGAUCGAAUGGGGCAACAAUUGGGCUAAAGCUAUUAAUUUCAGACGUAAUAAUGAUGAACCUUUUGCUGGUUAUUUUUCACAAAUUGGAAGGCUGUACAAUGUUCAUCACAUUUGGUGCUAUAAAGAUCUUCAAUCACGGAAAGAUACACGCGAAAGUGCAUGGAGAUUACCUGGGUGGGAUCAAUGUGUGGCAUACACUGUACCUCUUAUAAGAGAGAUGCAUUGUCGCAUAUUAAGCCCAACUACGUUUUCCCCCACAAAAUAAAUUAUCAUUCUUGCAAAUACCAAUGCAUUUGUAUAAUAUCACUUAUUAUUACUUAUCUAUCGAUGUAAUAAUGUAAAAACAUUUGUUAUAAUGUACAUCAUAGAUAUAUAUAAUUCUGUAAUCUAUACGCGCAAUAUGUUGAAUGCUAAAAUGUUUUGUUGUAUUACAACUGGCAGAAUGUAUUUUGCUACUAUUUCAAAUUCUAUAUUAUGACUAUAAGUAAAUGCAAGUUAUUUUAUCCAUUGUCAGUUGAAGCACAACAUUUAUGUAUAGAUGAAUAUACAAUAUUACUCUUUA